AUGUGUUUUCUUUUGGUGGUUUGUUCGCUAUUGUAUCGGACUUCUAUCGGAGUUACUCGUCGUUAUUUUGUUGUAUACAUCUACUGCCUGUCAAAUCAUAGUCGUCUUUGUAGUCAUUAUUGCUCUUCGCUGAUUCCGCUGCCGCUUUCGCAUUGUUAUCAUGUAUAUUGCUAUUUCUUGACACCUAUCUGUUCGUUUGUCUCCGCGUUUUGCCCAUCACACUUCUUGCUCUACAUGGGUUCCAUCUUGUCGAAUGCUAGUGUGCUGUUUGUUUCCAUUUAA